AUGGGUCAAGACGCCAAGGCCUACAUGGCUAAGAUGAGGAAAGUGGUAGGCAAGUCAGACGAAGACGUGUCGUGCGCCGACUCAAACGCGCGCAUGAACGGCAACUUGCAGACAAACAUAUCCGAUCCGUCACACGACAAAUCACCGAGCGACAGGAUCGCGUGUAAGAUGGUCUCGAAUGCCCCUCAACUGCCCGAGGCGUCGCAGAAGUGCCCGUCCCUCUAUGACGCUUUGCCGUUCCUGCCGAGUCUUGCGCGACACACAGAAAUCAUCAUCGAGGUGGAUACCGACGGCGGCCUUGAGUAG